GGAUGUUUUUCCUGCACUGAACUGAACCCGGAGCAGCCGGGGCAAAGCUGGGAGGCAGCGUGGAGAUUGGCUGAGCUGUGGGAUUUUCCAGCUGCAUUUACAUAUCGCCCACUGCUCCGCAUGCCUUUGUGUUUACAUCACCGGGGAGCGAUCCACACACGCACACACGUAGCGGAAGAGGCACUUUGGCCGGGGAGAAGCCUGUCCCCAGCUCAGGAACCGGGCAUGGUGGUGGCAUCUUGCCGGGCUCUGCCGCUCCACGAUGGCCAAGGAGCAAGCUUCCCAUGACUGACAGAUGCUGGCCUAGAUUAUGAGCUCAAACAAGAACGGUCGCUACAAUCGUUUCCCCAGUGGCACCACAAACAUCCCAACUUCUGAGAACACUAACGGGACAAGAAUGGAAACAACUUUUGGACCAGCCUUCUCUGCUGUGACCACCAUCACAAAGGCUGACGGGACCAAUACUUUCAAGCAGCACCGUCGGACCCCGUCCUCCUCCAGCACCCUCACCUACUCGCCACGGGAUGAGGAUGAUGGCAUGCCUCCGAUCAGCACCCCGCGCCGCUCCGACUCCGCCAUCUCCGUCCGCUCCUUGCACUCUGAGUCCAACAUGUCCUUGCGCUCCACGUUCUCACUCCAUGAGGAAGAGGAGGAGCCAGAGCCUCUGGUGUUUGCAGAGCAGCCGUCCGUGAAGCUGUGCUGCCAGCUGUGCUGCAGUGUGUUUAAGGAUCCCGUCAUCACAACCUGUGGGCACACGUUUUGCAGGAGAUGUGCCUUAACAUCUGAGAAGUGCCCCGUGGACAACGCCAAGCUGACGGUGGUGGUGAACAACAUCGCGGUGGCCGAGCAGAUCGGGGAGCUGUUCAUCCACUGCAAGUACGGCUGCCGGCCCGCCGCCAGCAGCAAGCCCACCGCCUUCGAGGUGGACCCCCGUGGCUGCCCCUUCACCAUCAAGCUGAGUGCCAGGAAGGAUCAUGAGAGCAGCUGUGAUUACAGACCCGUGCGCUGCCCCAACAACCCCAGCUGCCCUCCCCUGCUCAAAAUGAACCUGGAGGCUCACCUGAAGGAGUGUGAGCACAUCAAGUGUCCCCACUCCAAAUACGGGUGUGCAUUCAUAGGAAACCAGGACACCUACGAGACUCACCUGGAGAGCUGCAAGUUCGAGGGUCUGAAGGAGUUCCUGCAGCAGACGGACGAUCGCUUCCACGAGAUGCAGGUGGCAAUGGCCCAGAAGGACCAGGAGAUCGCCUUCCUGCGCUCCAUGCUGGGGAAACUCUCCGAGAAAAUCGACCAGCUGGAGAAGAACCUGGAGCUGAAGUUUGAUGUGCUGGAUGAGAACCAGAGCAAGCUGAGCGAGGACCUGAUGGAAUUCCGCAGGGAUGCCUCCAUGCUGAACGAUGAGCUCUCCCACAUCAACGCUCGGCUCAACAUGGGCAUCCUUGGAUCCUAUGAUCCUCAGCAGAUCUUCAAGUGCAAGGGCACCUUUGUGGGCCACCAGGGCCCCGUGUGGUGUUUGUGUGUGUACUCCAUAGGAGACUUGCUCUUCAGUGGCUCCUCAGACAAAACCAUUAAGGUGUGGGACACCUGUACCACAUACAAGUGCCAAAAGACCCUGGAGGGUCAUGAUGGAAUUGUGCUGGCUCUCUGCAUCCAGGGGAACAAGCUGUACAGUGGCUCUGCUGACUGCACCAUCAUCGUCUGGGAUAUUCAAAACCUGCAGAAGGUGAACACGAUCCGAGCGCACGACAAUCCUGUUUGCACUUUGGUCUCCUCACACAACAUGCUCUUCAGUGGCUCCCUCAAAGCUAUCAAGGUGUGGGAUAUUGUGGGUACUGAGCUCAAGCUGAAGAAGGAGCUGACAGGUCUCAACCACUGGGUUCGAGCACUGGUGGCUUCCCAGAAUUAUCUCUACAGUGGAUCUUACCAGACCAUCAAGAUCUGGGACAUCCGGAACCUGGAGUGUGUGCACGUGCUGCAGACGUCGGGAGGCAGCGUGUACUCCAUCGCCGUGACCAACCACCACAUCGUGUGCGGCACCUACGAGAACCUCAUCCACGUGUGGGACAUCGAGAGCAAGGAGCAGGUCCGCACGCUGACCGGGCACGUGGGGACAGUCUACGCCCUGGCCGUCAUCUCCACGCCCGAUCAAACCAAAGUCUUCAGCGCCUCCUACGACCGCUCGCUCAGGGUGUGGAGCAUGGACAACAUGAUCUGCACCCAGACCCUGCUGCGCCACCAGGGCAGCGUCACCGCCCUGGCCGUGUCCCGCGGCCGCCUCUUCUCCGGCGCCGUGGACAGCACUGUCAAGGUCUGGACGUGCUAACGAGAGCGCCACACGAGUCCUGCACACUGAAAGACCAAAAACUCUCCCUUCCAUCGGCCUGUGGGUGACCACACCACUGAAACGACUGCUGCAGCUCCUCCUGCACCGACCACUGCCUGCUGCUGCUGCCCCUCGGCCGGCGGCUCUCCGGACGGCUCUGCCCCACGGACGCUCCAGGUGUUCCCUCAGAUCUGCCCCAUGAUUGGAAAAGAGGAAGCAGUGCCAGAGCCCUCCUCUGCCUGUGCCCCCCCAGCUGGGGACACCCCCAGGCUGGGGCUGGGGUGACACUGGGCUUUGGCCAGCGCCAGGACUGGACAGAUCCGUGUGUCCUGGUGGGGACACGCUGGGCCCUGUCCGUGGCUGGCCCCUGUCCGUGGCAGGACUGAGCUUUAGGCCGUACCCUGGGUGGGCACCCGACCCCUUUCUGUCUCUACUAUUUAAUUUUACUGCCAAGGCGCCGGGCCGAUCCAUCUGGGAAGAGAUGUUUCCUUGAGUAGCCAGGUACGAUUUUUAUGCCACAGCUAGUUCUCAAAUCAAGUUCCACAAACCCAUUGUUCACCACCCUGUAAUAAUGGUCUCCACAUUAAAGACAAGAAGCCUCCGUUGCAUUUUUACUCACAUUUUCUACUGUUUUUAAGAUUGUAAUAUAGAUUUGAUGAUUUCUUCAUUGACAAUAAAAGCAGAAAGAGUUGUUCCUG